UAAAAAAUGUUUUGGUUGCCUGGCGUGAUUCCGUCCUGCGUGCCUGUUCUGAGGAGCAGCAGGCAGAACCCUCCGUCCGACUUCUCUGCCACCGAAGAACGCGCCUUCACCUCAUGGAAGACUCCAUGGACAUGGACAUGAGCCCUCUAAGGCCUCAGAACUACCUUUUCGGCUGUGAACUAAAAGCCGACAAAGAUUAUCACUUUAAGGUGGAUAAUGAUGAGAACGAGCACCAGUUAUCACUAAGAACGGUUAGUUUAGGUGCUGGGGCAAAAGACGAAUUACACAUCGUAGAGGCAGAAGCAAUGAACUAUGAAGGCAGUCCAAUUAAAGUAACACUGGCAACUUUGAAAAUGUCUGUACAGCCAACAGUUUCUCUUGGGGGAUUUGAAAUAACACCUCCUGUGGUCUUAAGAUUGAAGUGUGGUUCUGGGCCUGUGCAUAUUAGUGGACAG